CCACAUUUUCCCUCCUACAUAUUUCAGUCCUUCACAAUGCGUCAUCUUCAUUUCGAACCUGAGCUCGAGCACGAACUCGAGACAUGGCCGUCUGCUUCCACCCGCAUAGCCUCGAGGAGGACUCGGUGAUCCUCUUCUCCACUUCGAAUUCGCCCGAGGAGUCCACGAGCCCAUCCUCUUCGUUCUACCACUCGCCUCCUCCUCCUCCUCCUCCUCCUCCUCCCUUGACGCCAACUCCCCACCCGUCGAGGCCGCUGCAGGAAAUGAUCGUGAGGAACCUCUCUUACAGCGUUAGGCCCGACGGGCCUUUGGUCCCUUCAUUCUGCCCCCUGGUGCGGAAGCCUGAAAAAAUUCGCAUAGUGAAGUCCGUCUCUUUCACGGCAAGGAGCUCGGAGAUGCUCGCAGUAGUGGGCCCGAGCGGGGCCGGGAAGUCCACUCUCAUCCGAGUGAUAGCAGGACGGGUCAAGGACCAUGGUUUCGACCCGAAGUGCAUCACCAUCAACUAUCGCCAGAUGACUGGUCCGUCUCAGUUGAGGAAGAUAUGUGGAUUUGUGGCUCAGGAAGAUAACCUACUUCCUCUACUUACAGUGAAAGAGACGUUGAUGUACGGCGCGAAGUUUCGGCUCAGGGGGUUGAGUCGACGGGAGAGGGAAGAGAAGGUCGAGAGCCUAAUACAAGAACUCGGGCUAGUCCAUGCAGCAGACACUUACAUCGGGGAUGAAGAGAACAGAGGGAUUUCUGGCGGAGAAAGGAAGAGGGUCUCCAUCGGACUGGACAUCAUUCAUGACCCUCCGAUACUUCUCCUCGACGAGCCUACCUCUGGCCUAGACAGCAAGUCAGCCCUCCAGGUGAUCGAGCUUCUCUCCUCUAUGGCAAAAACCAAGCACCGGACUAUAAUAAUCUCCAUCCACCAGCCGAGCUAUCGGAUACUCAGGUACAUCACCAACUACCUAAUACUGUUCUGUGGCUCGGUGGUCCAUAACGGGACCCUCCAGUCGCUCGAGGAGACCAUAAACAAGCUUGGGUACGAAGUCCCCCCGCAGCUCAACGCUCUUGAAUUCGCCAUGGAGAUCUUACCUGAGCUUGAGGAAUUGUAUAAGAGCAACAAUUACUCCACUGCCUUGGGACACAAGGAAGCAUUCUCUUACCCGAUGUGGCCCGAGUCAGAUAUUGCCAAUACCGUGCGAGAGCGUUCCUACUUUAUUGAUGCGUCAGAGAUCGGAUUCCUCUGCUCAAGAUUCUGGAAGGUGAUCUACCGGACGAAACAACUUCUACUGGCCCGAACGAUGCAAGCCAUUGUUGGAGGGUUUGGGCUUGGGAGCGUUUACAUUAAAGUGCGGAAGAGCGAAGGAGGCGUUGCAGAGAGAUUGGGCCUAUUUGCAUUUAGUCUCAGCUUUUUACUAUCUUCGACGGUCGAGGCGCUCCCGAUUUACCUCCAAGAGAGGAGAGUCCUAAUGAAGGAGUCGUCAAGGGGGGCUUACAAGAUCUCCUCCUACAUGAUAGCAAACACGAUUGUGUUCCUCCCCUUCCUAUUCGCGGUAGCCUUGCUAUUCUCUGUGCCUGUUUACUGGAUCGUGGGGCUAAACCCAUCAUUCAUGGCCUUUGCCUUCUUUGCUUUCGUGGUCUGGGUCAUUGUCCUAAUGGCAAGCUCCCUAGUGCUCUUCCUGAGUGCGGUGUCCCCCGAUUUUAUCUCCGGGAACUCCCUGAUUUGCACGGUUUUAGGGGCGUUCUUCCUUUUCUCCGGGUACUUCAUCCCGAAGGAGAGCAUCCCCAAGUACUGGCUCUUCAUGUACUACGUCUCUUUGUAUCGGUACCCGCUCGACACAUUGCUCACGAAUGAGUAUUGGAGCGCAAGGGGGCAUUGCUUCUCAUGGGACAGGCAGGACGCCUCCCGUUGUCUGCUGACGGGGCAGGACGUGCUGAGGAGCAGAGGGCUCGACAGGGACAUGAGAUGGGCGAACGUCGGGAUCAUGCUGGGGUUUUUCGUGCUGUAUCGGGUGCUCUGCUGGUUCAUUCUCGUCCGGAGGGCCUCGAAGACAACCAUCUGAUCCAGCGAUCCGAAACCUUAACCUCCUCCUAGACCACUGAUGAUGAUAUGAUAGGAAUUACAGCAGAAACAGUACCGUCCCUCGAGUCGUUUCCCAUACAUCCUCGCAUAUAUAAAUUACAUUAGCUGAGCUCAGUUGGCUGCACAUAACUUAAUAUGGCAUCAACUAGAAGAUUUCCGAUCCCGAAAAUCCCGAGCAUGGGGACCAAACAUGAUAUUACAGAAGAUGUUCAUGUCUAUAAUUGUGAAGAAAACUACGUCAUGGCUAAAUAAAAGCGGUAUUCUCGAUC